UCGAUACAACUCACUCCCCGUCUUGAUCGCUUAACCGCACGAGACUGAUCUUCUUUAAGUUUGUUUUUUUAUUUAUUUUCGUCGCGACUUCCCGCUCGUGGAUAUACUUGUUAUUGCUGAUCUUGUUCAGUUUAUGGAAACGCAUUGAGCUGGUUUUGAAUUUUUUUUUUUUUUGAAGUUUAGUAGUAGCUCAGUCUUUAAGAAGAAAAUAAAGACAUGGAUCCUACAACCGAAGACUACUUCGCCUACGACCCUGAGGACGAUUAUGAAGAAUCAGCAAACAGCUCUAUGUGCAGUUACAAUGAAUGGGAGCCCUCCUACUCUCUCAUCCCUGUUCUCUACAUGCUCAUCUUCAUCCUGGGCCUCUCCGGGAAUGGCAUCGUCAUCUUCACUGUUUGGAAGGCUCAGUCCAAGCGCAGGGCCGCGGACGUCUACAUCGGGAACCUGGCUCUGGCCGACCUGACGUUCGUGGUGACCCUGCCCCUGUGGGCGGUCUACACGGCCAAGGGUUACCACUGGCCUUUCGGCGUGGCCCUCUGCAAGAUCAGCAGCUACGUGGUGCUGCUCAACAUGUAUGCCAGCGUCUUCUGCCUGACCUGCAUGAGUCUCGACCGCUACAUGGCCAUCGUGCACUCCCUGACCAGCACGCAGCUGCGGACGCGCAGUCACAUUCGAAUCUCGCUGGCCCUCAUCUGGUUCCUCGCCGGCUUCCUGGCGUCUCCCACCCUGCUCUUGCGCACGACAGUGUCCAACCCAGAGGACAACCGUACCAUCUGCAGCAUGGACUUCAGCCUGGUGGUUUCCAACAGUAGCCAGGAGCCCCUGUGGAUCGCCGGGCUAAGCAUCUCUUCCUCCUUGUUGGGGUUCCUCCUGCCCCUGCUGGCCAUGAUGGUGUGCUACGGCUUCAUCGGCUGCACGGUGACGCGUCACUUCAACAGCCUGCGCAAGGAGGAUCAGCGCAAACGCCGUCUGCUGAAGAUCAUCACCACACUGGUGGUGGUUUUCGCCGCCUGCUGGCUGCCCUUUCACUUGGUGAAGAGCCUGGACGCCCUGUCUUACCUGGAGCUGGCGCCGGACUCCUGCACUUUCCUCAGCUUCCUGCUAAUGGCUCACCCUUACGCCACCUGCCUGGCCUACGUCAACAGCUGUCUCAACCCGAUCCUCUACGCUUUCUUUGACCUACGCUUUCGCUCCCAGUGCCUGUGUCUCCUCAACCUGAAGAAAGCCCUGCACGCCAGCCCCGGCAGCUCCCUGUCCUCCCAGAAGACAGAGGCCCAGUCGUUGGCCACCAAAGUGUGAGGGUGGGUCACCGAGAGCGGUGGAAUGCUCGUGCGGGACUUAAGCUUCCUUUUUGCCCUGUUCAGGUGUCUCUGAUGAUUCUGGAAAUUUCUAACAACAGCAGCAACAACAACAACAACAACAGCAAAAGCCCACAGACUCUCU